CCCGCGCGGGAGGGCGGGGCGGAGGGCCGGCCAGCGGCCGACGUGGGUGUUAAGCGGCCGCCCAGGCCGCGGAGGCAGAGCCGAGAGCCCGCGGCGGAGCCCGAGCAGGACGCGCGGCCAGCUGGCGCGGCGGGACAUGAGACAGCCGUCAUAAGCUCAGAGUUGCCUUCCACGGAGACCAGCAGAGGAGUAGGUGAACAUGAAGUCCAGUCCUGCUAUCCAAGCUGCCAUUGACCUCACGGCGGGAGCUGCAGGGGGCACGGCAUGUGUACUGACUGGGCAGCCCUUUGACACCUUGAAAGUGAAGAUGCAGACGUUCCCCGACCUGUACCGGGGCCUCACCGACUGCUGCCUGAAGACCUACUCCCAGGUGGGCUUCCGCGGCUUCUACAAGGGGACCAGCCCAGCGCUGAUCGCCAACAUCGCCGAGAACUCUGUCCUCUUCAUGUGCUACGGCUUCUGCCAACAGGUGGUGCGGAAAGUGGUUGGAUUGGAAAAGCAGGCCAGGCUGAGUGACCUGCAGAACGCGGCCGCGGGUUCCUUCGCCUCUGCCUUUGCUGCCCUGGUGCUCUGCCCCACCGAGCUUGUCAAGUGCCGGCUGCAGACCAUGUAUGAGAUGGAGUCGUCAGGAAAGAUAGCCAGAAGCCAGAACACCGUCUGGUCCGUGGUGAAGAGCGUCCUCAGGAAGGACGGCCCCUUGGGCUUCUACCACGGCCUCUCCAGCACCUUACUCCGAGAGGUGCCCGGCUAUUUCUUCUUCUUUGGCGGUUACGAACUGAGCAGGUCGUUUUUUGCCUCAGGGAGAUCGAAGGAUGAACUAGGCCCUGUCCCUCUGAUGUUAAGCGGUGGAGUUGGUGGAAUCUGCCUCUGGCUUGCUGUUUACCCAGUGGAUUGCGUCAAAUCCAGAAUUCAAGUUCUUUCCAUGUCUGGAAAACAGGCAGGAUUUAUCGGAACCUUCAUAAGCAUUGUGAAAAAUGAAGGAAUAACGGCCUUAUAUUCUGGGCUGAAACCUACUAUGAUUCGAGCAUUCCCUGCCAAUGGGGCGCUCUUUUUGGCCUAUGAAUAUAGCAGGAAGCUGAUGAUGAGCCAGUUUGAAGCCUACUGAAGUGUCCUGGUGAACCGAGAUCCAAGUCUAGGCGUUUGAGGACUACAGUUCAUCUCAGGGUUUCAUGGAGUACAAGACCAAUGUGGAAUUAUUUUGGUUUUGUAGGAAUUUUGUUUUGUUUUUUGGUCUUCCCUUAUUCUACCCUAAAUCUUAAACUUUGUGGAAAGGGCCUCUAUUUUAUAUCCUAAAAUU